AUGUUAGAACAUAAUAAUACUAUUUUAAUAAGAAUUGUAUUGCUUGCACUCUAUUUAAAAUCAGUAUUAUCUUAAUGCUAGAUAUUAUCGCUGCCAUCUAAUUAGAUUUAUGUCUCAAACAAUACAGAAAGUAGAUUGAUUGAAAAAGAUUCUUAUGAUUAAUUCAAUUUUUUAAAUGAUUAAAUUGAACCCUAAUUUUAGAUUCCAAUAUAUAAUGCUAAAAUAGUGUAAACUAUAUUUAUUGAAUCAAUUUCUACCGAAUUUUUAUCAGAAAAAUGGUUAUGUUAAUUUAUUCAUGAAAAUAAAAAUAUAUAUUACAUUUCAUGUAUAGACAUAAUCUUUAUUGAUGAAGAAGGAAAUGCUAAUUAUUAUAAUAAGGAACGUUUAACAUUAUUAGUUGAAGUAUCACCAGAUGAAACAUGUCAUUAAUUUUAUUUAGAGGGAACCUUAGAAUUUUUAAUAUUCUGCCGUAAAUAUUAACAUUUCUCCAUUUAUUCUGUAGAUUUUUUUAAUCAAACUAAACAAGCUUUGUCUUAUAAGUAUGAUAAUUUUGAGUGUCUAAAAUAAACUAUUGAAAAAAAUGAUAAAGGAUACUACCUUAUAUCAUUUUUUAAUUGUGAAAAUUGGUCAAUUCUUAAAUUUCAAGAUAAUAAAAUCAAUAUUUUAGCUAAUCCUUAAAUAUUCUAAGAUUUAAAGUAUGAUAAAAUCAGUAGUCUAAUAAACAUUUAAUUUUGCUAAAACUUAGUAGUUUUAAUUGAAAAGGAUUAAUAUACUGUCUUUACUCUAGCAGAAUCUCUAAUUUUUUAUGCUAAUGUAAAAGUAGAAAAUUUUUUUAUAGAAAAGAUUGUAUUUACAAACACAUGUAACUUCUAAUACUACUUCGGAAAAGCUAAAAUAAAUACCAUAAAAAUAGUUAAAGGAGAUAAUUAAUUUGAAAAAGUUAUUGAUUAAAAGACUAUCGAUAUUCUUUAGGCUUUUCACUCUUUAUUUUUAUUUUCCUAAGAAAAAUUAUAAAUUGGUUGGUUUGAUGAAUAAAUAAUAGAAAUAAAAUGUUUUUCUUGCAAUUUUAAUAUAAUACAAACGUAUAAUUUAUUUUAUAUAAUUGAUUUAUAAAAUUAAUAAAUUAGGUUUUUCAAAAUAAAUGUUUUUGUCAACUAUUUAAAACCUACAAAAAAAUUUAUAUAUGAAAUAUCAAAUAAUCCUUUUUAAAAGAGUGAACUUUAAUGUUUUGAAAUUUAAGAGACUUAAUUUCCAAAACCUAAUUCUAUAAAACAUGAAUUUAAAAAUAAUUGUUAGGAAAAGGAGGAAAUUUUAGUAAAAAAAGAAGAAUAUAACUUUCCAAUACAUUAAGAUUUUGAAAUUUUUGGAGAAUAUGAAAAUAGAAUAACUUAUAUUUUAGGUAAUGUAUAUUUAAAAGAUUAUUGUCCUAUAAUUGAGGAAAACUUAAAAGGAAAAUAAUUAAUAUAUUUUUAAUUUAAUAUAUUAGAAAAUUAAGGUGUUUUGUUAUCAGAUGAUAUGCUUUCAGUUUAUUUUUGCAAUAAUUAAAGUUCAGUUUCAAAAGAAAUUAAAAAUUAUCAAGUAUUAAAUUAUUAAAACAUCAUCUUUAUGAUAAAAGAAAAGCCAUAAUUGGCCAAAGCAAUUUUAUUUUAAAUAGGAAACAAUUAAUAAUAGGAAGAAUUUCUAAUUUAAUCUAAUAUUUUAUAAAAACUUUAAUAUUAAUAGUUUAUUAUACUAGUUACAUAAGAUUAAUAGGAGAUGACUCUUAUAGAUUUAUUACAAAAAAGAAAGUUGAAUAUUCCAAAAUAAUUUAAAGAUAUUCUAAUAUGGGUUGUUACAUAAUCUUCAAAAAAAAAGAAACUCUAAUUUUUUAUUGCUAAAUUUAAAUAUUUCGAUAUUUAUUAACUGAAUCAAUAUCUGGUAAUAUAACUUAGUGAUUUAAUUACUUUAUAUAAAGUAAAUGAUAUUACUAUAGUUUAUGCUGGCAAAUCGAAAUUUAUUCUCGAUUCUUAAUCUAUCCAGAAUAAAUAUAGUUUAAUAGCAGUUCAUAAUAAAAAAAACAUCAUUAAAUAAUAUAUUUUAGACAAUAGAUUAAAAUUAUUAGAAAAUUAUGAAAUAGAGAAUUAUGAUAUUAUUAGACCUAUUUUAUACUAGAUUAAUAAAGAAAACUUAAUCAUCGCUCUUAAAUAAUUAGAUUUAAAUUAUUUAUUUGUGUUUUAGAUAUAAUAACCUCUUAAAUUAUUGUAAAUAUUAAAAAUAAGUAAAUUAGAUUUUUAUUUACAGAAUGAUUUUAUAAUUUAUUACGACGAUGAUUUAAAUAUAAGGAUUUUGGAUAUAGAUAAAUUAUAAAUUUAAUACCUAAAUCCUGCUGAAAAUUAAAAAUAAAUAGUUUUAUAUGAAACAAUACCAAUAUAAUUAAAACAUGAAUUCGAAGCAAACUAACAAGAUUAGUUAUAUUUGGAUUUAAAAGUUAUAAAUUAUUGCAGAAACUUGUAUUCAUCUUUAACAGAACAUACAAUUUAUGUUGAAGAUUCAGAACAGAUAAGAAUUGAAAAUAUUGAUCUGUUUUCUGGUCCUAUCGAUUAAUUAGUUUUAGAAAAUAAUUCUAAAUUAAAAUUAAUUGGUCCAUUUAUAAAUUAGCAAAAAAUUGAAGAUUGUUAAAAUUAACUAACAGUUUGCUAUAAAGUUAUAUAGUAUGAAUUAUAUUAGAAUAACGCAGAAUUAACACUAUUUUAUAAUUUAAGACAUUAUAAUAAAUUAAAACUUCUACCAUUUUAUUUAUAAAAAAACUUAAAGGAAAAUAAAAUUAACAUUAAAGAUGCUUACUUUUAUAAGCGUAAUUUAGUAUUAGUUUUGUAUGAAAAAGAGAAUUCAGUGUUUGCAAGUGUAAUUAACUAUAAUAUAGAUUAAUUAUCACAAUAGUUUGAACCAAUAAAGUUAUAAGGACUAUAGGUGAAAGAUUUUAACAGAGUAUAAUUUUAACAAACUGGGACAUUAAUGUUUAUAAAAUAUGGUUCUUUAGAAAGAAUAUUAAAAAUUAAUUAAACUAAUAUAAUUGAAAUAGACUUAGAAAUUUAUUUUUCUAAUAUACUUUUUAUUGAGAAUUCACCUAAUCAAUAUAUUGAGAUGAAAAUAAUUAAAAAAAUAGAUGAAUCCUAUUUUUUAAUAAAUGUUUUUCAAUUAAAAAUGAUAGAAUUUUUAAUCGUAGAUUCUUAUAAAAUAAAUUACCAAUUGAUUGAAAAGACUCUUUCUCCUCAUAUUAACAUAGACAUAUAUUAAUUGAAACAAUAUUUUUAAAAUUAAUUGUUUGAAUCAUUUUUAGAUGAAAAUAGAAUAGAAAUUAAGGUUCUAUAAAUUACUUUAAGUUUUUCAGUAAUUAGCAAAAUUUAAAUCAAUUAAAAGAAUGGUGAAAUAAUCUAUACAGUUGAAUAGGUAUUUAGAAAUCCAAAAUCAUAAGAAUUAUUAAAUUUUAAAUAUUUUGAUGAAAACAUUCUAAUUUUAAUAAAUUCUAAAGAUAAUACAUCCUAUUUAUAUUACAUUAAAUAAAUUAAGCCAUUUUAUGAUUAUAUAUUUAUGUUUGACAAUAAUUUGUUAAACUUCUAUCCAUUAAAUACUACACAUUACUUAUUUUAUUUUAAUUAGAUUGAUCAAUUAUUUAUAGGAGAGAUUGGUUUUUAACUUCAAAAAUUAUAAGAAUUGGAUGAUUAUGAGACUUGUAUAAUAAAGGCUUCAAAUUAGGUAUCUAAGGAAUAAAUAAGAUUAAUAAUUAAAAAAAUAACAUUUUUAUCAAAUAAUGGUGUAUUGAUAACAUCAUCUGGAAUAUUGUUAGGUUCAUAUUAUUUAUAUCGUCGUUAGAAGCUAAAAUAGUAAGAAAUUUAAAAUUAAUUAGUUUAGGAUUAUUAAAAUUCUUUAGAAAUUGAUGAAUGAUCAUUUUAUAAAACAAAUUCAUAUUAACAUAAAUCAAAAAGUUGUAGAUUUAAAUCUAAAAUCUUAUAAUGAAAUUUUGUUUAUUGAUAAAAUAUUUGAUUUUUUUCAGUUUUGA